AUGAAUGAUGGGCUGCCAGGCCUGUCCAAUGCGGACGGCAGGCGACCUUCCCCAUCGCCUGUCGCCAUCUUGGACCAGACCUUGAGCAGCUUGGGUAACCCCAGCGACUUGACGUCCGGACGACUGGCCGCUACGCUCGUCCUCGCUCUCUCUGAUCAAUCGGAGGAUACACCUUCCGUGCUGGAGCGCCCUCAUCAGCGCGCUCUCAUUCGAGCAGUUGCAGAGCGAAUAUCCCCAGACGUCUUGAUUGAUGCCGUGAUGCAAGCACUGCCAGACUUGAGCUUUCUCGCUGAUGUUGGACCUGCAGGAGUUCCCAAAGUUGAAGUCGCGCGCGCAAUCCUAUCGCGCUUCCGCGUCGACGCCUCCCCAGUGGAUGAGAGGACGGUGGCAGAGAUCUUGGCAGGGCUACUCGUCGUGCAACCCGAGGAGCUCGGCGGAGCUCCAGCGACCGAUUUUGCCAUCGUCGCAUCAGCUUUGCGAUCCUUUACCCGAUCUCUCAAUUGGUCGCGAGUAGUCCGCUCUUUGGAUGAGGCUCCAUCUCUCGCCUUCUCACCCCGCAACGACUGGCGAGGGUUCGCUUCCUUCCUCAAUUCCGCUUCCAAUGACCCUCAAGCGCCGGCUGUGUUGGGCCUGUGGGGCGCUUGGAUCCACCGUCUGCGCCAACUUCAAAUUUUGAGCGGUCUAGUCUCUCUGGACAUUCAGCUGUUUUCGUUCGCCUCGCUUCCGGGUCGAAGGGUGGUUCGCGAAGAAGAUGUAACGAACGUAAACGCGACGGUGCGGAGCCUGGCCCAGCAAGUUCAAGGCAACACUUGGAACUCGCUCGAUUUAGUGGAAACGCUCACGCUGAUAGCCAACACGGAUGAUACUGAGGUCAGACACGCAGUGACGGAGCUGUUGGAAAAGGCAGUCAAGACUAGUGCGGAAUUAGUCCUCAUGGCGUUGGUCCAGAUCCCUCAACCGUGGACCUCGAUGCAUUCGGACCUGGCUUCAAAGUUGCUGUCGAUGUUCCUCUCUGGGCACCCCAGUCACCAGCUUGUCUUCUCACGAUUGUGGCAGACCAACAGGACUUAUCUUCUGAACGCGUUUAGGACCUACUACAGCGAGAACCCCAUGAACGUCACGCGCUUGCUAGACGUGGCUCAGGACCUCAAGAUUCUUGAAGCACUUUUAGCCAUUAGGCCCUUUCAAUUUGCGCUUGAUGUCGCAGCACUGGCUUCCCGUCGGGAGUACUUGAACUUGGACAAGUGGUUGCAAGAUCAAAUUACAGAGAAUGGGAGCGCCUUCGUUCAAGCUGCUUUGCAAUUCGUUGACUCCAAAGCAAAGGACGAUCUGGCAAAGAAGGAUCCUCAAGCCGAGCAGCAGUACAUGCCACUCACAGUUCAGACUGUCGCCACGUUCUUGCGCGUCAUGCGACAGAAUGGAGAUACGAUGAGCGCUGAAGACGUCGCGCUGUUCAAGACGGUGCGCAACCUGUGCUUGCAAGUCUACCCCCGGCUGAUGAAUCUUGCCCCUGGGAGCGAGUCGCUAGAGCCCGGGCUGCAAGUGACGACUUUCGCUCAGGACAUCCAUGAUGAGGCCGACAGCUGGUACCGCAAGAUGUAUGAAGACGAAAUCGGGAUCGAGGAUCUCGUGUCCCUUCUGCAGCGAACGAAGGCUUCCAGUGACGCGCGCGAUCAUCAGGUCUUCGCCUGCAUGGUGCACACCCUGUUCGACGAGUAUAGGUGGUUCGACCUGUACUACCCACCCCGCGAGCUUGCCAUGACGGCGGUCGUGUUCGGAUCCUUGAUUCAGCACCAGCUGAUCGAUUACAUACCGCUAGGCAUCGCCAUUCGCUACGUGCUGGAUGCGCUUCGAGAGCCCAUCCAGUCGAGCAUGUUCCAAUUUGGACUGCAAGCCUUGCUUCGCUUUCGCGAGCGCCUCGCGGAGUGGCCACAACUCGGACAGGCGCUGUUGGGACUGCCUGCUCCGCAACAGGCGCAUCCUGAGAUCGAGCGCGUCUUGCGCACCAUUCAGUCCGGUCAGCUUGCAGAUCUUUCACAGAGCACGUCAGAGCCGGUCUUGCCCGAAAUGCCAGGCGAAACGCCAAAGUUGUCUUUCACCGCAGUGCAUGCCGACCCGAUGCCUGACGCAGAUGUUCAGGAGGAACCAACGGAGGAGGUCUCCGACAAGAUUUUGUUCAUCAUCAACAAUCUCUCGCCCAGCAACAUCGAGUCGAAGCUGGUCGAGGCGAGGCGAUUGGUGAAGCCAGCGCUGCAUCACUGGCUCUCUGCGUACCUGGUGCUGCAGCGGGUGAGCAUCGAGCCGAACAACCACGAGCUGUACACGCAAUUCAUCGAUGGCUUGGAUUCCGCUGCAACGCUCCUCCGCCACAUUCUGCACGAGACACUGUCCAAAGUUGAGGUACUACUCAAUUCGGACAAGACCGUCUCGUCCACGACCGAACGUACCUUGCUCAAGAACCUCGCCUCGUGGCUGGGAGGUCUGACGCUGGCUCGCAAUAAGCCGAUUCGUCACCGUAACAUUGCUUUCAAAGACUUGCUCAUCCAGGGCUACGACAGCAACCGUCUCAUCGUGGCAAUUCCUUUUGUUUGCAAAUUGCUGGAACAGUGUCCUCGAUCCAAAGUGUUCGUGCCGCCGAAUCCUUGGCUGAUGUCUGUGCUCAAGCUGCUUGCCGAGCUCUACCAUUUCGCUGAACUCAAACUAAAUCUCAAAUUCGAGAUCGAGGUCCUUUGCAAGACGUUGUCUAUUGACCUUACGAAGCUGGAAUCGACGACGACGCUUCGAACUCGACCAGAUGAGCUCGCUGCCGCUGCGCAGCUUGAAAUGGAACAGCAACAACACAUGCUCGAGCAGCAGCGCCUUCAGCAGCAACGCGAUCAGCAGCAUCUUCAGCAGCAACAGCAGUUUGCCGCGCGCCAGCAGCAGCCUCAUCAGCUGCAGCAAGGCCCAUAUGGCCAGCAGCCUAACCAACAGCAGCUGCAAUACGCCCAGCAGCAGCAACGUUUGGCUCAGCCCCAGCAUAUGCAUCCUCACCAAGGACAGCAGCAGGGAGCCCAGCAGCUUGCUCAGGACUUCGACCGCUUGUCGAUGGCAAAUGCUGGCACGUAUGGCCCAGGCGGCAUGCGCACAAUGCCAAACGAUGCUCAGCGCAGCAGAGUUGCAACCCUCGCGUCGCAGCAACAGCAGCAACAGAUUUCUCAGCACCAUCAACAGCACGCUCUUCUGCAACAGCAGCAGCAACAGCAGCUGCAGCAGCCUCAACAACAUGCUCAAGCGCAACGCGAGCCCCAACAGGCUCCUGCUGCUGGUGCCCAAUCGUACUCAGAGUCGUUGGAGCUCACGCUGCAGAAUUUGUCAGCGUACCUUGUCUUCAGCCCACAGCUUUCCGAGGUGUCCUCUAGCCCAGCUCUGAAGCAGAUCAUCCAUGUCGCUAUCGAGCGUGCCAUCCGAGAGAUCACUGCUCCCGUGGUAGAGCGCUCAGUCACCAUAGCAUCGAUUUCUUCGCGGGAGUUGGUGCUCAAGGAUUUCGCAAUGGAAGGCGAUGAGGAGAAAAUGCGCAAAGCUGCCCACCAGAUGUCGCAGAAUCUAGCAGGAAGUCUCGCUCUGGUCACCUGCAAAGAGCCGCUUCGCAUUAGCAUGGUCACUCAAGCCCGUUCCUUGCUCGCCCAGAGCGGUGUCACAGAGCAAGCGCUGCCAGAAUCCGUUCUCACGUCUGUCAUGGGCGACAAUUUGGAACUCGCCUGCUCGAUUGUGGAGCGCGCAGCCAUGGACAAAGCUUUGCCAGAGGUCGACAGCGGGCUGGAUGGCGCGUACGCUGCCAGGCGCGACCAUCGCGCGCGCAGCAGGGGCUACUACUGGGAUAGUCAGGCCUUGACCACCUCUCAAUACGUCGCCACGCUGCCCGAUUACCUGCGCCUGAAGCCCGAAGGUCUUCUGCCUGAACAGCUUCGAGUGUAUGAUGACUUUGGCAAGACAAGUGGGAUCUCGUCCCCUGACGCACCGGCCGAACGCGAUCAGCCUUCCGCAGAAGGUAACGGAGUGUCGCCACAAUCAAGUGUCGGACCUGGGCAGCUCGUCGCGGGCAGCCUAUCGCCCCAACAGAGCCUGGAGCGCUUCAACCACCUCCUGUCGGAGCUUGAAAGGCUUCUUCAACAGGCGUCUCCUGCAGCAACGCUUGCCUCUUUGCCGCCGGACGACGGCUUGCGCAACAUCAUCCGCCAGGUGCCCAUCCUAGCCGCUGCGUCCACUAGCCGCGACGCGACCGCCUUCGCAUUCUCGCACAAGGUGGUCCAGCUACUGUACAAGUCGGAAAGCCGACUUGCUCGCGAGGCGCACGUCUUGCUCCUGGAGCGUCUGUGCGAGCUGUCUGCACGCGUGGCGAAGGAAGUGACGCAGUGGAUUAUCUACGCAGAGGACGAACGCAAGUUCAACGUUCCGGUCGCCGCCACACUGAUUCGGACUGGCAUUGUCAACAUUGUCGAGCACGACCAACAGCUGGCCAAGUUGAUUCUGCGGGACUUCAAGUCUAGCGUGGUGGAUUUCUCUGCUCGCCUUGCGCUUGAGUGCCUCAAGGAGCCAGCAUGCGCCACCCGCGGUCAGCUCAUGCAUUCGUUGGACGCUCUCGCGCAGGCUGACCGCCUCGGCAAGUCAACAGAAGCGAGCGCAUUCUUGCUUUCAGAAAUCGAGACUGGGCGUCUGACCAAAGCUCAGACCGACGUCACCAAUUCUGCUUUACGCGAACAGCUCGCUUACUGCUUUGCGGAAUGGGUACGUCUCUUCCAGCAGUCACCAAACCCGGAGAAAGUAUUCGUCAACUUCGUCACUCAAUUGCAGCAACAAGGCAUCCUCAAAGGAGAAGAUAUCUCCUCCAUGUUCUACAGGGUGUGUACGGAAGUCGGGGUCGACAGCUACAUCAAGCAAAAGGCGUUGGGCGGCACCUUCGGAACAGGCAUCUUCUCGCCGAUCGACGCUUUUUCGAAGCUUGUAGUUUUGCUGAUCAAGCAUCACUCAGAUCCUAGUGGUACGGAUAACGAGCAGGCCAGAGCGCAUUACUUGACCAAAAUUCUGUCAAUCAUCGUCUUGGUCUUGGCCCAAUCGCACGAGGAGCUUGGCGCGCACUUUCAACAGAAGCCAUUCUUCCGUCUCUUCAGCAGUCUUUUGCACGAUUUCCAUGCCGCUUCCUCCUCGCUCGGCAACACGUACAUGAGAGCACUGCUGGCCAUCGCGAACACUUUGAACACGCUGCAGCCGUCGUUCUUCCCAGGCUUCACCUUCUCGUGGAUGGCGCUCACGUCCCACAGAUUGUUCAUGCCGAAGCUGCUGGGCGUGCCUCUGGAGCGCGACGCGUCCAGAGUCACGCUGCACUCCGAAGCUCAAGCCGCAUUUCUGCGACUCUACAGCAGUCUCUUGCACUUCGCUGCGCCCUUCAUCCGCACAGCAGUAUUGCAAGACACGUCUCGCGAGCUGUACCGCGGCUUGUUGCGCAUCACCUUGGUGCUCCUACACGACUUCCCGGACUUCCUGAGCACCCAUCAUCAGGCGCUUUGCGACGGAAUCCCCAUCUCGUGUGUGCAGCUGCGCAACGUCGUACUCGCAGCCUAUCCGCCACGCCGAGAACGUCUUCCAGAUCCAUUCACUGCAAGCGUGACCAUUGAUCGACUUCCCGAGGCGGCAAUCUUGCCGAUCAUCCCUCGCGGUUACACGCAUAGCUUGGAGGGCCAGUCUCGAGGCUUCAAGAGUGCUUUGGAUUCAUAUCUCGGCCAACGAGCUCCUGCCUCCUUCUUGUCUAGCUUGAAGACGGCUCUGUUCUCUCCUGUGGCCAACUCGGAGCCGGUCGAUUACAGCAAGGGCGAGUUGCGUUACGAUUAUGAGUUGAUCAACGCCUUCGUACUUCAUGUGGGAAUAGCGGCAGCAGCAGCUCAAGAUGGUCUUCUCAACAGCCAGCCUCGAACGGAUGUCGGCCUCGUCAUCUUUAGACACCUCAUGGCCGAUGCGGACGCUGAGGGCCGUUACUUGGUGCUGACUGCCGCCGCUAAUCAGCUGCGCUAUCCGAAUAGGCACACUGCCUACUUCAGUUGCCUAUUGCUGCACCUUUACGGUGAGACCACAGAGACUGAUGUUACGGUUCAAGAGCAGAUCGCCCGCGUCUUGAUCGAGAGGAUGGUCGCAGCGCGACCUCAUCCGUGGGGACUGUUGAUGACGGCGUUCGAGCUGCUGCGUAAUCCGCGCUUCGUCCUACCACAAAAUGCUCCUCGCGAGAUCGAGCUUAUGUUGCGGCAUAUGCGUGCGGAUCUGACUCAACAGACCCAGACGGAUGGCCAGCCUGAUGGGCGCGCCCAUUCCUACAACAACAGCAACCAGCAAUAUGCUGUACAUCGGAUCAACGGAGACAGCGAAGGUGAUCGAGCCGGCGAGGUGGGUGCUGCAAGAGCCUGA